AUGUCAUUGUUGAAGCAAGUAAGAUUAGGACGUUCAGGGUUGAAGAUCUCACCCAUUCUGAUUGGUUGUAUGAGUUAUGGAUCUAAAGAUUGGGCUGCAUGGGUUGAAGAUGACAAGGAAAAGAUCUUUUCUACUUUGAAAUACUGUUACGAUCAUGGGUUACGUACAUUUGACACGGCAGACUUCUACAGCAAUGGAUUAAGUGAGAAAUUGGUCGGUGAAUUCUUGAAGAAGUACAACAUCCGUAGAGAGACCGUUGUAAUCUUGACGAAAGUGUACUUCCCGGUUGAUGAAGAUCUCGAAUUGAGCCACAGCAAUGGAUUUACGGAAAACGAUCUUUUGGAUUUGACAAACCAACAAGGUUUGUCUCGGAAGCAUAUCCUUGCUGGAGUUACUGCAAGUUGUAAAAGGUUGGAUACGUGCAUUGAUGUGUUACAAAUUCACAGACUUGAUCGUGAGACACCAAUGGAGGAAAUCAUGAGAUCAUUGAACCAUGUCGUUGAAUCGGGACAAGUUCGGUACAUUGGCGCUUCAACAAUGCUAGCUACGGAAUUCGUUGAAUUGCAAUCUAUUGCAGAAAGGUACGGCUGGCACAAGUUCAUCAGUUCCCAGUCCUGCUACAACUUACUUUACAGGGAAGAUGAAAGGGAACUUAUUCCAUAUUUGAAGAGACAUGGUGUCGGAAUGAUCCCAUGGUCUCCAAAUGCCAGAGGAAUUCUUUGCAGGCCAGUAAGCCAACAAUCGAAUUCUAAACGGUAUGAGACCGAUGGUAGAAUUAAGGGCAGACAAUUGGAUCAAUUACAACCUCAGGAAACAGAAAUCGUCAAUAGAGUGGAAGACUUGGCCAAGAAGCAUGGUGUCAGUAUGGCCGUAGUAUCAUCGGCAUGGGUCCUAGCCAAAGGUGGUUAUCCCAUUGUCGGUCUAAGUUCCAUUGACCGUGUGAAAGAAAUUAUCUCCGCUACCGAAUUGAAACUCUCCGAAGAAGAAAUACAGUACUUGGAACAACCGUACCUACCAAAACCGCUUAUCUUGUAA